UUAGCUAUUAAAAUAGCUAUAACCGUUUGCAAAUCCGCAUUAUACGCCUACAAUUUAUUUUUUUUAAAUUUAAACCCGGUUAAGCAUUUUGCGCUUAGCGCGCUUUCGAACGGUUGUACGCGUUGCUUUAUUACCGGUAAUACCCAUUUUCCAGCCAAUUUAUUAGCAUUGUAUAACGCUUCCAAAAUAUUACGCCGCCGCGUAAAGCAUUUACAAUUGCUUGCUUUUGCUUUUACAAAAAUUUUUGUAUUAAUAAAAGCUUAA